CCAGGCCAGGAUGGAGAGGAGACGGGUCACCUCAGCUGCCCGCCGCUCCUAUGUUUCCUCCUCGGAGAUGGUGGUGGGGGGCCUGACUCCCAGCCACCGCUUGGUUCCAGGCACCCGCUUCUCCCUGGCUCGAAUGCCACCCCCACUCCCGGCCCGGGUGGACUUCUCCUUGGCCGGGGCACUCAACACCGGCUUCAAGGAGACGCGGUCCAGUGAGCGGGCAGAGAUGAUGGAGCUCAAUGACCGCUUCGCCAGUUACAUCGAGAAGGUGCGCUUCCUGGAACAGCAGAACAAGGCACUGGCUGCGGAGCUGAACCAGCUGCGGGCCAAGGAGCCCACCAAGCUGGCUGACGUCUACCAGGCUGAGCUGCGCGAGCUGCGCCUGCGGCUCGAUCACCUCACCGCCAACUGCGCCCGGCUCGAGGUGGAGAGGGACAAUCUGGCGCAGGACCUGGGCACCCUGAGGCAGAAGCUCCAGGAUGAAACCAACCUGAGGCUGGAGGCCGAGAACAACCUGGCUGCCUAUCGACAGGAGGCAGAUGAAGCCACCCUGGCCCGUCUGGAUCUGGAGAGGAAGAUUGAGUCUCUGGAGGAGGAAAUCCAGUUCUUGAGGAAGAUCCAUGAGGAGGAGGUGCGGGAGCUCCAGGGGCAGCUGGCCCGGCAGCAGGUCCAUGUGGAGCUGGAUGUGGCCAAGCCAGACCUCACAGCGGCCCUGAGAGAGAUCCGCACCCAGUAUGAGGCAGUGGCAUCCAGCAACAUGCACGAGGCAGAGGAGUGGUACCGGUCCAAGUUUGCGGACCUGACGGACGCCGCUGCCCGCAACGCGGAGCUGCUCCGCCGGGCCAAGCAUGAGGCCAACGACUACCGGCACCAGCUGCAGGUGUUGACCUGCGACCUGGAGUCCUUGCGCGGGACGAACCAGUCCCUGGAGAGGCAGAUGCGGGAGCAGGAGGAGCGUCACGCGCGGGAGGUAGCGAGUUACCAGGAGACCCUGGCCCGGCUGGAGGAGGAGGGGCAGACCCUCAAGGACGAGAUGGCCCGGCACCUGCAGGAGUACCAGGACCUGCUCAACAUCAAGCUGGCCCUGGACAUGGAGAUCGCCACCUACAGGAAGCUGCUGGAGGGCGAGGAGAACCGCAUCACCAUUCCUGUGCAGACCUUCUCCAACCUGCAGAUCCGAGAAACCAGCCUGGACACCAAGUCCGUGUCAGAAGGCCAUCUCAAGAGAAACAUCGUGGUGAAGACUGUGGAGAUGCGGGAUGGAGAGGUCAUUAAGGAGUCCAAGCAGGAGCACAAGGACGUGAUGUGAGGCGGGAACCACCUGGAGGCCCCUGUUCCCUAUCGGGAGGGGCCUGCAGCAGUAAACAGGAUAGUUGCCCAUCCUCUGAUACUCAUUUCCCCAGACCUGAGUUCCCACCACCCCAUUGCAGCUGCUCCCCACGACGUCUCUAUGCCAGCUUUUGCCCUAGGCUCUGUCAGCAGUAGGCCCACCAGACAGCACCCACCCCA